CAGGCCCGCCCAUGUCUCCGCCCAACGGCUUAGUGAUUGGACGGCAGAGUCUCUGCUCAUGUCUUUCCAUGUCGGUAAUUCCUCGGACGGUACCGCAGUUUGUGCUGGGAAAUGAAGUAUGAAGUGUGCUGAAAAUCAUCCUAUGCCUUCCUUAAACCACUACAAUUCCCAAGGAAAAUAGCACAAGCGAUACAGCUUUCAGAGCACCAGGGGAGAAAUUCGUUAUUAAGGUUCAGCGCAGGAUUCAACUCUGUCAAACUAAAAUAUGCCUGAGGGAACGCACCUGCGGAGGAGAGGGGGUCCGUACAAGACGGAGCCCGCCACGGACCUGAGCCGCUGGAGGCUGAGUAACGUGGAGGGCCGGCAGGCCUGGUGCUACGUGGAAGGUCAGAACACCCCUGACAGAGCGCAGACGAUGCUGGAAGCCCAUUCGCUGGGCUUGGACACGAGUAUAUUUGUGUCCGGCUCUGAAGCCGCCCACACGGCUGUAGACGCGGCUUUGAAAGGUAUGUUCUUCUACAGCCAGCUCCAGGCCGAGGACGGUCACUGGGCGGGGGACUAUGGCGGACCUCUCUUCCUGCUCCCAGGUCUCCUGAUCACAUGUCAUGUGGCCAAGAUCCCGCUGGCCGACGCCUGGCAGAAAGAGAUGGUGAGGUACCUGCGCUCCGUGCAGCUGCCAGAUGGAGGCUGGGGUCUACAUAUUGAAGAUAAGUCGACCGUCUUUGGCACAGCGCUGAGUUACAUUUCAUUAAGGAUCCUGGGAUUAGAGCCUGACGAUCCAGAUAUGGUUCGAGCCAGGAACAACCUGCACAGCAAAGGAGGCGCUGUGGGGAUUCCCUCAUGGGGUAAAUUCUGGUUGGCCAUCCUAAAUGUCUACAGUUGGGAGGGAAUGAACACCCUGCUACCAGAGAUGUGGCUGUUUCCCACUUGGAUGCCAGCCCACCCCUCCACCCUGUGGUGUCACUGCCGCCAGGUUUACCUCCCCAUGAGCUACUGUUAUGCUGUCCGGCUGGCUGCAGAGGAGGACCCCCUCGUCCUCAGCCUCAGACAGGAGCUGUAUGUCCAGGACUAUGGCACCAUUAACUGGCCCGCUCAGAGGAACAAUGUGGCAGCUUGUGAUAUGUACACACCUCACAGCACACUGCUCACCGUCGCCUACAUGGUGUUAAAUAUGUACGAAGCCCACCACAGCAGCACCCUGAGAGGAAAGGCUGUCAAAGAACUCUACGAUCACAUCCAGGCUGACGAUCGCUUCACUAAAUGCAUCAGCAUCGGCCCGAUUUCAAAGACUAUAAACAUGCUGGUUCGCUGGCAUGUGGAUGGCCCCUCCUCGCCGGUCUUUCAGGAGCACGUGUCCAGGAUCCCAGACUACCUCUGGUUGGGAUUGGAUGGCAUGAAAAUGCAGGGGACCAAUGGCUCUCAACUCUGGGAUACUUGUUUUGCUGUACAGGCUUUCCUUGAGGCGGGCGCUCAAGAUAACUCCAGACUAGCUGAGUGCCUACGAGAUGCUCAUCGGUUUCUCACCAUCACACAGAUACCUGAGAAUCCUCCCGAGUACCAGAAGUACUACAGGCAGAUGAGCAAGGGAGGCUUCCCCUUCAGUACCCGAGACUGUGGUUGGAUCGUGGCCGACUGCACGGCGGAGGGCCUGAAGUCAGUGAUGCUGCUGCAGGAGCUUUGUCCCUCCAUCAGCCAGCCUGUUCCCGCAGAGCGCCUGUAUGAUGCUGUCGAUGUAUUGCUGAGCAUGAGAAACUGUGACGGCGGAUUUGCCACGUAUGAAACUAAGAGAGGAGGGAAACUCUUGGAGCUGCUCAACCCGUCCGAGGUGUUUGGGGACAUCAUGAUAGAUUAUACCUAUGUGGAGUGUACGUCAGCAGUUAUGCAGGCUUUGAGGCACUUCCAGAAGGAAUACCCUGAACACCGCGCUGAGGAAAUAAGGUCCACUCUGAGAGAAGGACUGGAGUACUGCAGGAAGGUGCAGAGGCCUGAUGGAUCCUGGGAAGGGUCCUGGGGAGUGUGCUUCACAUAUGGAAUAUGGUUUGGGCUUGAAGCCUUUGCUUGUAUGGGUCACGUCUACAGGGAUGAGGACGUGUGCGUUGAGGUGCAGAGAGCCUGCCGGUUCCUGCUGGACCGGCAGAUGCCGGACGGAGGCUGGGGGGAGGACUUUGAGUCUUGCGAGGAGCGGCUCUACAUCCAGAGCAGCAGCGCUCAGAUCCACAACACCUGCUGGGCUCUUUUAGGCCUCAUGGCCGUCAGGCAUCCUGACAGAAGGGCCAUUGAGAGAGGAGUGCAGAUGCUGAUUGACCACCAGCUGCCCAACGGCGACUGGCCACAGGAGAAUAUCGCUGGUGUGUUCAACAAGAGCUGUGCGAUCAGCUACACCUCCUACAGGAAUGUCUUCACAGUGUGGACCCUCGGACGCUUCUCAACACUUUACCCCAGCAGCCCGUUGGCGGGGAAGGUCCAGCUGUGAAGACUUUUAAAGGAUUCAUCAGACUACGUGCUACGAUGGCAAAACGUCUCCGCAAAAAACAGCCACGAUCACUUCAGACUAUCAAUGGAACGUGUAUUUGUUUUCUGUUUUGGGGUCGAUACACAAACCGUUUUAUGGGAUUACUGAAUGUAGAAAUGCAGUCAGUCUACAAAUUAUGCAAAAUGUAUUCUCAUCACUUCAGCCGUGUUUUCAGAGUUCAACCGAUCAUUCCAUUCUUUGAAUAACUGUGUGUUGACAUUCCUAAACGCCUAAUCCAUCAGGACAUAUUGUCCUAACAGGCUGCUGUCCAAAACGCGUUAAGCGUAUUCAAAUAUAUAUGACCACGUUGCCUUUCUUCCUGCCCCGUCUCUACUAUUGGCUUUUAUGAUAAAUCUUUUUUCUAUGAUGUUGUCCUGAGUGGAUGUACUUCCAAUGGCCCCUCUUGGCCACAUACUUGUACCUAGCUUGCUUCAUAUUGGCUUCGAACAGGGAGCACAUACUGUAUGGAAAUGUCCUCUUUUGAAUAAAAUAAACUCAAUUGCUGAUCAA